AUGAGCUCUAUUGAUGAGAAGCCUCUUUCAUGGUUCAUCAGACUGAUUCAUGAUACUUGCAUUCAUUUGAAUAAAUCUAUGUUGCUCCUCUGCUUAUUCCACUCUAAUUCUACAAUGAGCUCUAUUGAUGAGAAGCCUCUUUCAUGGUUCAUCAGACUGAUUCAUGAUACUUGCAUUCAUUUGAAUAAAUCUAUGUUGCUCCUCUGCUUAUUCCAAUUUAAUUCUACAAUGAACUCUAUUGAUGAGAAGCCUCUUUCAUGGUUCAUCAGACUGAUUCAUGAUACUUGCAUUCAUUUGAAUAAAUCUAUGUUGCUCCUCUGCUUAUUCCACUCUAAUUCUACAAUGAGCUCUAUUGAUGAGAAGCCUCUUUCAUGGUUCAUCAGACUGAUUCAUGAUACUUGCAUUCAUUUGAAUAAAUCUAUGUUGCUCCUCUGCUUAUUCCACUCUGAAUAUUGA